ACGCAAUAGUAAUGGAACAUUUUAGCUUUGAUUUCCUUGUUUUGUUUACUAAAUCGUUAUCUCAACGCUUUAGUCAUCAUUAUUCCAAAUUUUUUGUGAUUAUAAAUUAUAUAAUUUAAUCGGGAUUUUUGAUGGAUGCGGCUGCGAAACCUCAACCGGAAUGGGGAAUUCAAAUUUCGGAGCUCUUUAUUUUUCCUCAACGUGUUAUUGUGGGAAUCAUGGGAUUCUUGGGCGUUCUAAACGCCUACACCAUGCGCAUUUGCCUCUCGCAGGUCAUCACGGUGCUGGUGGUGAAGAAGAACAUCACGGACCACGCAGCGGCAGCGGUCUGUGAACCAGAAGUCGGGGAUAAGUACACUUUUCGGCCUGGCGGCGACUUCCAGUGGUCGGAGAAGUUGCAAGGCAUCAUCCUCGGAUCCUUCUAUAUCGGAUAUAUUAUCACCCAUAUUCCCGGAGGAAUUAUGGCGGAUAAAUAUGGGGCGAAAUGGGUCCUUAGUCUGGGCAUCUUGUUGACAGCUAUUUUUUCCUUUUUGACGCCACUGAGUAUUAAAUGGGGCGAAGCCCCUGCUUUAAUCGUACUGCGCGUCCUGAUGGGCUUGGGCGAGGGCACCACCAUCCCAGCAGUGAGCGUCCUGCUGUCAUGCUGGGCACCGGCAACCGAGAGAGGAAAACUGGGAACUCUGGUCAUCGGUGGAGGCAUAGUGGGCAGUAUACUUGGAAAUUUGUUUUCCGCUUUGAUCCUCAACUCCUACGACUGGCCUUGGGUCUUUUACUUCUUCGGCGGGGUGGCUGUACUGUGGUUCAUCCUUUUCACACUCCUGUGCUACAGUUACCCCCAUUCCCAUCCGUUCAUCAAGCCAAAGGAGCGCGAAUAUCUUAUGAGCGAGAUGCCCCAACCGAAGGACAAACCCCCAGUGCCGUGGAAGGCGAUCCUCACCAACGUGCCGAUGUGGUCCCUAAUCAUCUGCCAAAUCGGCCACGACUGGGGACUCUUUGUCAUGGUGGCGGACUUGCCCAAGUACAUGUCCAAUGUCAUGAACUUCCCGAUCAAAUCCAAUGGACUGUACUCCUCUCUGCCCUUCAUUAUUAUGUGGAUAGUGGCGCUAUGCAGUGGCGUUACGGCCGAUGCGAUUAUCAAAAAUGAAUGCAUGAGCACGACCAAUGUUCGGAAAAUUUUAACUGCCAUUGCUGCGUUCGGCCCCGGUCUUUUCAUGGUGGCGGCCUCAUAUGCCGGAUGUAACCGGCACUUGGUGGUGGCUCUCUUCACCUGCUCCAUGGGUACCAUGGGCUGCUACUACGCCGGCAUGAAGCUCACACCUCUGGACAUGAGCCCCAACUACGCUGGCACUCUGAUGGCCAUCACUAACGGAAUCGCUGCCUGCAUGGGCUUCACAGCGCCCUACGUGGCGGGCGUAUUGACCCCGAAUGCCAACAUGACUGAAUGGCGCGUGGUGUUCUGGCUGGCCUUCGGCAUCCUCUCCGCCACGGUUGUUGUGUACCUCAUCUGGGCAUCGGGGGAAGUCCAGCCCUUCGACGAUGGGACCAAUUCCAACAAAAAGAAAGAAGAGCCAGUCAAAUGAGAGAAGUGGACGUUUACAAAUUCUCCAUGCUUAUGGUUGUUGGAUCUGACUAGUCGCUAGUCUCAUCGCUAGUACUUCAUUUUCUUUGUUAAUUCAUUAUUUUUACUUGGAAAUAACUUUGUAUAUUGUUAUGCUGUUUUUAUGAACUUUAUAAUUUGAAA